CCGGCGGGGGCGGAGGCCGGCGGGAGAGCGGGCCGCCGCUGCUGGCGAUGCUCCCGCGCGCGGCUGCGGAAGACCUUCUGGGGCGUGGCGGUGGUGCUGUGCGUGUGCUCCUCCUGGGCGGGCGCCACGCAGCUCGCCAAGCUGACCUUCGGCAAGUUCGAUGCCCCCUUCACGCUCACGUGGUUUGCCACCAACUGGAACUGUUUAUUCUUCCCGCUCUACUACGCGGGCCACGUCUGCAAGUCGGCGGAGAAGCAGUCGGUGAAGCAGAGAUACAGGGAAUGCUGUCGAUUGUUUGGAGACAAUGGCUUGACUUUGAAGGUGUUUGUUACCAAGGCAGCACCCUUUGGUGUUCUUUGGACACUCACCAACUACCUGUACUUACAUGCAAUAAAGACAAUAAACACCACGGACGCCUCCGUGUUGUUCUGCUGCAACAGAGCUUUUGUGUUCUUGCUCUCAUGGAUUGUUCUCAGGGACAGGUUCAUGGGCGUGAGGAUCGUGGCCGCCAUCCUUGCCAUCGCUGGCAUCGUGAUGAUGACCUACGCGGACGGCUUCCACAGCCACUCCGUCAUCGGCAUAGCCCUGGUGGUGGGCUCCGCAUCCAUGUCUGCCCUGUACAAGGUCCUGUUCAAGCUCCUCCUGGGCAGUGCCAAGUUUGGAGAAGCCGCCUUAUUUCUGUCUGUGCUGGGGGUAUUUAACGUCCUCUUCAUCACCUGUAUUCCUGUCAUCCUCUACUUUACCAAAGUGGAAUACUGGAGCUCUUUCGACGCCAUUCCAUGGGGAAACCUUUGCGGAUUUUCAGUCCUCUUAUUGACAUUCAAUAUUGUAUUAAAUUUUGGAAUUGCUGUUACAUAUCCCACUCUGAUGUCUCUUGGAAUCGUCCUCAGUGUACCUGUGAAUGCAGUGGUCGAUCACUACACCAGUAAGAUCGUCUUCAACGAGGUCCGGGUCAUCGCCAUCAUCAUCAUCGGCCUGGGCUUCCUGCUCCUGCUCCUGCCCGAGGAGUGGGACGUCUGGUUGAUCAAGCUGCUCACUCGCCUCAGAGUGAGGAGGAAGGAGGAGGCGGCGGAGGGCGGCGCAGACCUGGGCUUGGGACCGCAGAGCAAGAGCAGACGCGCCCGCCCCUCCUUCGCCCGCUGA